UUGCAUACAUUUGUAGCCGGGUGGUAUUUGAAGAAUUGCUUGCUCUGCUUCCUUUUGUAGGACAAGAAGAAGGUGCAGAGACGGUCCUUCUUGUGCAUGUGUGUUUCCUGGUUGCCAAAGACACUGUAUUUGUUUUCUUUCUGUGUUUACAAGAGGACUGGUACCUGAGAGCCUGAGAAUGGCACAAUCUCAUGGAAGUUGCUCUACAACAAGAGAAGAAGCUACAUCUAAGUGGUCAGAUGUAAUUAAGAACAGCAAACAGAUUGCAACAGAACCCAUAAGAACAUACCUGCUGAACACAGUCAAGAGAGCACUGAAUAAAGAUGGACUCAUCAGGAGAUACACUUUUGGAAGAAAGGACCCCAACAAAAGGAACAGGACAAUCCUGAUGGUAGGAGAAACAGGAACAGGGAAGUCUGCGCUCAUCAAUAUGAUGGUCAACUACAUGCUGGGGGUAGAGUGGGAAGAUAAGAUCAGGUUUGAAAUCAUUCCAGAUGAAGGCAAAAACCCAAAAACCAGUCUGACUACUGUCUAUGAGAUUUUUGGACUGGAGGAGCUGUCUGUUCCUUUUUCACUCACAGUCAUUGAUACACCAGGAUAUGGAGACACUACAGUGAAAGAUGAUAUAAUUGCUCAGAAUCUGUACAGAUUACUGGAAUCUUUCGACAUCGUUGAACUAGAUGCAGUUUGCCUUGUGGUGAAGGCAUCUGCAUAUCAUCUCACUCCUUUCCAGAAGAAAAUCUUUGAUUCCAUCCUGUCCCUCUUUGGAAAGAACAUGGAGAAAAACAUCAUGACUCUCAUCACCUUCUCUGACUGGACGUCACCUUCAAAUGCUCUUGAGGCAGUUAUCGAGUCUGGCGUACCUUUCCCCAAAGAUGAAAUUGAUGAGCCUGUUCACUUCCUGUUCAACAACUGUCCUCUUAAUGAUUAUCAGAAUAAAUAUGAAAAAUCAUUCAAACAUCACUGGGAUAACGGAACUGAGAGCAUGAGGGAGUUCUUUCAGACUUUGGAUCGAAUGGAAACUCAAAGCUUGAGGAUGACUGAAAAUGUCUUGAGAGAACGCCGGAGACUGGAAGCUUGUAUCCAGAGCUUCGAGAGUCAGAUCAAGGUCGUGGAGAUGAAGCUCAAGGCACUUGAGGAAGUUAAGAAAACUCUGGAAGAGCACAAAGAGGACAUGAGGAAAAAUAAUAACUUUCAAUAUAAAUACACAACUGUUGUCAUGAAGAAGGUCCCAGCUGCUGAAGCUGCACUCCUCUGUCAGAAGUGUGAGGUAACCUGCCACACUCCAUGUACGUGGGCACCUAACCUGUGGUGGUGUCAUGUAAUGGACUGGAGUGGGAAAUGUACGGCCUGUCCCGGAAAAUGCAGCUACAAUGACCAUGAAAAAGGACACAGAGUAUAUAAGCCAGAAUACAAAGAAAAAACAGGAACUCGUGAGGGCCUGAAAAAAACUUGUGAAACGAUGAUAGCCACAGGAAAGGAAGUGAUGUCCACACGUGAGCAAGAGUUGAGGAAUGCAGAAGCUGAGAAAACCAGCCUCAUUGAAAGGUGUUUCCAGUGCAUUCUCCAGCUUGGAGAGCUUGCUCUGAAGUUUGAUUCUGAUUCUACUCGUCAGAGUAUUCUCAGGCUGAUAGAAGUGCUGGAGAGGAACAACGAGGCAGAGAAAGCGGAAACACUACAGGAUAUUCUGGAAAACACUGUGCAAAGAGAUUAACAGACGUGGAGAAGAUGUGUGUUCAGCUGCACGCUCUUCUGCUUUCCAUGUAGAUGUUGUAGGGCCAAAAUUAUUAUAGAGCAAACAGUUACGCUUAUUUACCAAGGACUUCCCCUGUUGUCCCUACUGUGAAACAGGCAUUAGCAACAGUAGACAACAGCUACCAAAAUAAACUGUCAAAGAUGAAUUCAAUCAGGAUUGUAACUUUACCUAUCUCUUCCUGUAGUGGCAGAACCUGUCCAUAUCGCCAUAGAAACUACUGAAGAGAGAGAGACUCUUAAGCUCAACAGAAAAAUUUUGACUGUAAUUAUUAUUUUUGAAUUGUCUUGAAGUGGAUCUUUAUUUGCUCGCUGGUAUGUUUUAUCAUUUGAACAAAUAUCCAGGAAUAGAAGUUAUUUUGUGCUCUGUCUCAUGCAAGUUGAUUUUCUGACUAUUAUAAAGUUCUUUAAUGUUACUUGACUUUGACUUUUUAGUUUUCCUGUACAAAAUGGCCAAAUAGACCGAAACUGUGAAUCCCAAUUCUCUGAAGUACUGCUUUGUGCAUGAACCAGCCAAUCUUCCCUUUUGUGUUUACAAUGGCAAUAUCAUGUACACAAACCGCAGUUGGAGCCGACUGAUCCAUCACCUGUUCUUUCUUCUCCUUUGCUGUCGCCCUUUCAUAAAGUAAUGGCCAUGUGUCGCAGGGUUUUCACACAAAUGUUUAACAAGCGAAAAUAAGAUUAAUUAUAUGCUUGUAAUUUUAGAUGCGCUUUUUCACAUGAGACAAAAACUCUUACUCCAGGAGAAAUCAAACAGAAACAUGGCAUGAAUUUGUUUUGGCAUUUGACAGUUUUCAGUAUUUUAAAAGUAAUUGUUUACUGUAUGAUACACAAUACUCCUGUAAUCCAUUUGUAAUUGUACUUGAUUUGAACCCUUUUGGGUUCCUAGUAUUUUUCUGUUUCAGCUUUGCUUUUAUUCGUUGUAACUGUCCAGUCAUGUCCAGGUAUAUACCCUAGCAAAUGUUUUGACAGAUAUAAUCAACCCCUAGUGCCCCUUGUCUGCUAGGAGGAUAUAGGUGCUAGUUCUAAGUUCUAAGUUAUAGUUCCUGUGAACCACAAAACUGCACAAACCGCAGUGACGCUUUCAGCUGCUGACUCCUCCCUUUCAGCUGAUCCAUCACCUGUUUUUCUUCUCCUUUGCUGUUUCCUUUCAUUAAGUAAUGGCCAUGUGUUGCAGGUCAACAGAGAGGGUUUUAACACAAAUGUUUAAUAUUGUUUAAGAUAA